CGGGGCGAGAAAAGGGGGUAGAAGGGGGCGGGCGAGGGCCGAUUGGGCAACUGGGCUGCGCAAACACGCCAGGUCAAAGAUUGCGCCUGGCUCUCCCGGCGGCAAUAAAGGGGCGUCGGGCGCUGGCAGGAGUUGCAGAAGCGGGUCGGUCUGCGCUCGCCGCUCCUCGCCACAACUCCAGAGCUCCAGGAUGAGGUACUCCGUGGGCGCCCUGCUGGCCUGCGCCUUCCUGGGGCUGUGUCUGGCUGUCCCCGAAAAAACCGUGAGAUGGUGUGCCGUGAGCGAGCAUGAGGCCAACAAGUGUGCCAGCUUCCGUGACAACAUAAAAAAAGUCCUCCCCGAUGGGCCCCGAGUCAUUUGUGUGAAGAAAACAGCCUACCAUGACUGCAUCAAGGCCAUUGCGGCAAAUGAAGCAGAUGCUGUGACGCUGGAUGCGGGGCUGGUGUUUGAGGCCGGUCUCACUCCCAACAACCUGAAACCUGUAGUGGCAGAGUUCUAUGGAUCACAAGAGAAUCCACAGACCUUCUACUACGCUGUGGCUGUGGUCAAGAAGGGCAGCGGCUUCCAGCUGAACGAGCUCCAAGGCAAGAAGUCCUGCCACACAGGCCUUGGCAGAUCUGCUGGGUGGAACGUUCCUAUAGGCUUCCUGUACUGUAACCUGCCGGAGCCUCGCAAGCCACUGGAGAAAGCAGUGGCCAAUUUCUUCUCGGGCAGCUGUGUCCCCUGUGCAGACAGUAGUCACUUCCCCCAGCUGUGUCAGCUGUGUUCCGGAUGUGUCUGCUCCUCCUCCCAACCGUACUACGGCUACUCCGGCGCCUUUAAGUGUCUAAAAGAUGGUGUUGGAGAUGUGGCCUUUGUUAAACAAGAGACCAUAUUUGAGAACCUGCCCGACAAGGCUGACAGGGACCAGUAUGAGCUGCUGUGCCCAGACAACACCCGCAAGCCAGUGGACGAGUAUGAGCAGUGCCACUUGGCUCGUGUCCCUUCACACGCCGUCGUGGCCCGCAGUGUGGAUGGCAAGGAGGACCUCAUCUGGGAGCUUCUCAACCAGGCCCAGGAACAUUUCGGCAAAGAUAAAUCAAAAGACUUCCAACUGUUCAGCUCUCCCCAUGGGAAGAACCUGCUGUUUAAGGACUCGGCCCAAGGCUUUUUGAAAGUUCCCCCCAGGAUGGACUCCAACCUGUACCUGGGGUAUGAGUACGUCACGGCUGUCCGUAACCUCCGGGAUGGCAUAUGCCCAGACUCCUCGCAGAAUGAAUGCAAGACCAUCAAGUGGUGUGCCCUGGGCCACUACGAGAGGCGCAAGUGUGAUGAGUGGAGUGUGAACAGUGGAGGAAAAAUAGAAUGUGAAUCCGCGGAGACCACCGAAGACUGCAUUGCCAAGAUCAUGAAUGGAGAAGCUGACGCCAUGAGCCUGGAUGGAGGAUUUGUCUACAUCGCAGGCCAGUGUGGUCUGGUGCCUGUCCUGGCGGAGAACUAUGAAAGCUCCGAUUGUAAGAGCCCACCAGAGGACGGGUAUCUCUCCGUGGCGGUGGUGAAGAAAUCAAAUCCUGGCAUCAACUGGAACAAUCUGGAAGGCAAGAAGUCCUGCCACACCGCCGUGGACAGAACAGCUGGCUGGAACAUCCCCAUGGGCCUCCUGUACAGCAGGAUCAACCACUGCAAAUUUGAUGAGUUUUUCAGUCAAGGCUGUGCACCUGGCUCUCUGAAAAAUUCCAGUCUCUGUGAGCUGUGUAUUGGCCCAAAUAAGUGUGUCCCCAACAACCGGGAGGGAUAUUAUGGCUACACAGGGGCUUUCAGGUGUCUGGUGGAGAAGGGCGAUGUGGCUUUCGUCAAGUCCCAGACUGUGCUGGAGAACACCGAUGGCAGGAACCCUGACUCAUGGGCUAAGGAUCUGAAAGCAGAAGACUUUGAGUUGCUGUGCCUUGACGGUAGCAGGAAGCCUGUCAGCGAGGCUGCCAGCUGCCAUCUUGCCCGAUCCCCCAACCAUGCCGUGGUCUCCAGGCGCGAGAAGGCAGGCUGCGUCAAGCAGAUACUGCUAGACCUGCAGGUGGAGUAUGGAAGUACAGUGGCUGACUGCUCCAGCAAGUUCUGCAUGUUCCACUCUGAAACCAAGGACCUCCUAUUCAAGGACAACACAAAAUGCCUGGUUGACCUGAGGGGCAAAGACACAUAUGAAAAAUACCUUGGACCAGAAUAUAUGAAGGCUGUUGGUAACCUGAGGAAGUGCUCAACUUCUCGGCUUCUGGAAGUCUGCACUUUCCACAAGCAUUGAGAUCCACAAGAGAGAGAAGACAGAGCUGCCACACAGCUGGAGAUGGAGCUUGGACAACCCCUUCCCCGGGAUUUUCUGGGCUGAAGUGUUUCUGCCAAUUAUGUCUGUAUUUACAGCUCUGUGUUGUCAAGUGUAUGAGAUGCAAAAUAAAAACUAUUACAGAUUUUA